AUGGUUAAUUUGGAUUGGUUUGAACCAUCGGAAUCGCUCACAAAUACUGCUUCGAAUAGCCUUGAAGCAACAAGUAAUAUGGGUGCUGUGAGCAGUACUAAUGUUGGGAAUCGCAAUAAUCAAACUCGUUCUGCUAAGUCGACAGGCAGAAAAUCAAACACCACAAUUUUCAUCAUUCCAGGUUUGUCUGGAGGAACAAAUGCCGUCGGAGUGAAACAUUUAAUUUCUAGUUUCGUUAAGGCAGGCUAUCGAUGUGUGGUAAUGGACUACAAAUCCGUUUUACCAACAGAACCAACUACAAUUCAUCAUGGACAUCACACCACACACCCAGUAACACCAGAAGGAGAGGCUGUGGAUUUGGAGCAAGGUAACAAUAGUCAUUCUCCAUCGACUCACGUCAUUCCUGGCCUUACUCACACAGUGAAAGACAUUCGAAACGUCAUUCAAUUAGUACGAAAAGAGAUUGGUCCGGACGAAACAUUAGUUGGAGUUGGAAUGUCACUCGGAGCAAAUAUUUUGCUUACAUAUUUAUCAGAACAUGUCGGAAAGGAUGCACCAAAGCACCAAGGAGCUAAAAAAUUGAAAAAUCAUGCAAAAAUUCUUCCAAACGACGACGGAGAUGAAUCCAAGAACGAAUUCGCGUAUGCAAUUUCGCUAGGAAAUCCAUUUGACCUUAAUGCUGCCACCCUCAAGUUGCAGUCGAGCAUUUUUCAUAGGUUAAUCUAUGACAAAGCAUAUGCUGCAGAGCGCCUUUUGUGUUACGAGAGAAAUAAGGACUUACUGCCCGAAGAAUAUGUAAAAAUUUUGUCUACCGUUCGUUCAACCAGGGAUUUGGAUGAUAAGAUUAACAGACAUUUGUCGAACCCUACAUUCCAUACAGUCGAAGAGUUUUACAGUUUUCAUAGUUGCAAGGAUAAGCUGAAGAACAUAACAAUUCCUACCAUUUGUAUCAAUGCACUUGAUGAUCCAAUUUCCACCUACGAGGCCAUUCCCUUCGAAGAAUUCCUGUACAACAAGAAACUAAUGCUUGUGACAACGUUGAGAGGAGGACAUAUUGCCUCUCUUGAUGGUUUUAUUGCUCCAAACAAGGAAAGCUGGCUGGAGAGAACCUCGGUUCAAAUCGUGGACAGCAUGAAUGAAUGGCAAGAAUCUCUAAAGAAGUAUCACAAAAUUGAAUAA